UCCUACUCACCAGACAAACGCCGACUGACUGACUUGUUGCCAAGGUGAUAUCAGACGCAGCGUACCAGUAAUGACUUUGUCAGAUAUAAAAUGUAAACUGCUGUCAUUUGAUAGCUAUUGUGUUGACUCAAUUUGUGCUAAACUAGAUGGCCGGGGUGUUCAAUUUGACUGCCAACAGCUCAUUUUGCUGAAGAUACAACCUUGUGUGAUAUAGUCAUCAAUGAUGGGAACCUGCUGACGUGUUGGAUACAUUGACUCAAUAUGUGAUAUCGUACGACGAGGCCGUCAACAGGUAAACUGUCAACACAUUGAAUUCCACGAUCAGGCAUAACUGGUUAGGAACAAACACUAGUCUGUAUGACCGAGGGGACUUUAGGAUUGAUGUUCACCGCCGGUAUGUCGGCAUGUAAUGGCCGGGAACCUGCGAGCAUUAUUCAUCCUGAACCAAUUUUUUUUUAAUAUUGCACCCAUUUUCAUCUGAUCUUUAUUCGGUGAAGAUAGCAGUCUGUUUUUGGAUCGAAAAGACCAAACGGAAGAAUUAAUCGAAUAACGCAUUCCAUUCUUCACUUCUAGAAUUAUCGAAACAAAUACGAGAAACAUUAACAGGGCUACCUGCAUGCAUAACUUCAUCAGCGGUCAGAAGUCAUCGGUAUGCUCAACCACGUGUUAUCCUGAGAUUCCCAACGGACCUUCAGUUCAUUUCAUUAAUGGUCGGUACAGCGCGCAUAAAACCUACAGUGACAGGGAAAGUUUUUGCCAGUGUUUCACUUUAAAUAACCUUUUUUGGUCAACCGUGGUCCAAUUUUGGCACUAUAUAUAUUUAAGUGUUUUGAAAUACUUCAGACUUACAUGAGAAAAUACAGACAGUGCUGCUUUUUCUUCUGAAGUGGACUAUAAUUUAUUAGAUUCAGUCGGAGGGUUCAGCCGACUUCGUGCGGACUACGCAAUAAACGUGAUCCUCGCCGCCUGAAACUCUCAAUUCCUGCGAAGUGAACAUCAUGUACCGGCAUGUUGGAGCAUUAUGAGAUCCUUUGAGUUUCAAGGAGAAGAGGCAUCGACACGAUACGUCAAAUAUAAAGAAUGAAAACUUGAUCAUCAAUACUAUUGAUUGACACAGUUAAUCUAUCCGAGGACACGUUCGAUCAAUAUUGCUUGACAUGACUUUUCCUUAAAAGUUCCAACUCCUUGAAUUAGUGUAUUUCGUCAUCAACUUUCUUUGAAUCGCAUAAAAUGGGAAAGAAAGUGAAAACGUUUGACAUACACUUCAGCAACCCCAAGGAUGUUUACAGAGCAGGAGAACUGGUCAAAGGAUACGUAGAAGUGGACGUACAGAACGAGAUCAAAAUUAGAGGUAUCCGUAUCCUGCUCCAUGGUAGCGCAUUCGUGCACUGGACGGAGCGCUACACGUCAGGCUCCGGUAAGAACCACCGCACUGUCACGAAGGCAUUCACUGCGGGAGAAACUUACUUCAACCACACACAAGUAUUAUUUGGAAAGGCUGAAGGCGAAGAGGGUGAAGACCCAGUACUUAAACCUGGUGUAUUCAAAUACCCAUUCAAAGUACAACUACCGCCUAACUUGCCGGCAUCGUUUGAGUCUAACCUCUACGGAAGAAUAAGGUACUGGGCCAAGGCCUAUAUCGACAGACCUUGGAGAUUCGACAAGACUACGAAGAAGCCGUUCAAUGUUAUCGGACAGGUCGAUACGAACACAGAACUUAAUGCAUUUCAACCUCAGUCUGGACAGGCUCAGAAAACGCUAUGCUGCAUGUGUUGCGAGUCCGGUCCAAUCGCAGCCAUCUUGAAAUUGGAAAAGACCGCGUUCGUUCCUGGAGAGGAUUUGAGGCCGAAUGGAGAGGUCAUCAACCACAGUAACCGGACUAUGGCAUCUUCCAAGCUGGAAAUUUUACAAAUCAUAACAUUUCACGCCAAGACUAAAUCGCGACGCUCAACGCGGACAGUAGCCGAGCUGGGGCAAGGCGAGAUACGACCUGGAGAGACGGCUAUUUGGACGGGUAGGCAACUGAAGUUGCCCCCUGUGCCACCAUCAGGGCUUGCAGGAUGUAGGAUCAUCGACGUUGAUUAUAAACUCAAGCUUGUGGUGAUCCCAGCUGGUCCAGCGUUUGACGUUGAAGUGCCCUUGGCCCUGUUGGUCGUCCCGACGCCUCCCGUUCCAAGUCGACCACCAACCAGCAGCCAAGUCCAAUUUAUCCAUACCAAUGGGAACAGGCGAACGGGCUCUAUGCAGCAGAGUGGCCAAGUUAAAAACUGGUACAAAGAUGUACCCCCUCCAACGUAUGAAGAAUGUGUCUUCGGGAAGGUCGACGUUCAUGAUGAGAAUGACAACGAUUUUACCAUGGGCGUGAUGACAUUUGCCCCCCACUAUAUUUACUACAACUUCCCCGAUAGAGUAACGACCCGAUCUUCCAGAUCGAGUUUUCAGAGGUGAUAGCUGUGGCAAAUUCCUCUCUAUAGAACACUCAGAAAACAUGGACGUACACAAUUGAAAUCGGGUCGAACACUGAAGACAGAGUUAUGUCAAAAACGAUGGCAAAGGUAACGAGCUGAGAGUAAAAGCUUAUGGGACAUGCGGGAAACACCUAAUUAGCCAACUGUAUGAGAGUCUGCUGCAAAAGCAGUCCAUGGUGCAAUAAGUUGCCAGCCUGUGUGAAUUCCUUCAAAACAGUCUAGGUGUCAUGGGGUCAUCGUAGAUUGUGACUGACUCAUAUGUACAUCCUCGAGGCUCGAGCCACAGUAUUGGUUGACCGAUUCAGGAUGUUACUGUCUCAAAUUAAAGGUCUUCACUGUCCCAUUCGUUAUUCAGUGGACUCUGAGUGCGACAUUACUGUGUGCUUUAGCGCUAACCAUCUUAUCGACAGGUACACCACUCACUGCCAAGACAACCCACACACAGUCAAGAAAGAAGAAACAGAAACGACAUUUUGAAAUUAUUAUGCCCUUUAUAAUGAUAUAGUGUCUAAUUGCAUUACAUUCUACUUUAGUAUAGGUUCUGGUAAUUUUUAUUUUGUCAUUUGCUGAAAUUUGUAGGUACAUGUACAAUCAUGAUGU